CCUGAACAAUUCUGAUGUACAUAACAUAGGAAUUGCCACUCACAACCUUGCAAGACUUGGUACAAGAGCUCUCCCUUCCUGCUGCUGCCAAGAACUGAUGACACGAGAGCAGUAUAUAUUAGCAACACAGCAGAACAGCCUCCCAAGGACUGAAAAUCCUCAGUUUUAUCCAGUAGGGAUUUAUGGAUGGCGAAAGAGGUGCUUAUACUUCUUUGUCCUUCUGCUGUUGGUUACCAUGAUUGUUAACUUAGCAAUGACAAUAUGGAUUUUGAAGGUUAUGAAUUUCACGGUGGAUGGAAUGGGAAAUUUGAGAGUCACUAAAAAAGGAAUACGACUUGAAGGAGUAUCUGAAUUUCUACUUCCACUAUAUGUGAAAGAAAUCCAUUCCAGAAAGGAUAGCCCACUGGUCUUACAGUCUGACAGAAAUGUAACAGUGAAUGCAAGAAAUCACAUGGGGCAAUUAACUGGACAACUGACAGUAGGAGCUGAUGCUGUGGAGGCCCAGUGUAAGAGAUUUGAAGUGAGGGCAAGCGAAGGUGGAAAAGUACUAUUUUCUGCAGAUGAAGAUGAGAUUGUCAUUGGAGCUGACAGACUCAAAGUAACAGGCACAGAAGGGGCAGUGUUUGGGCACUCUGUGGAGACACCCCAUAUCAGAGCAGAACCCUCCCAAGACCUCAAACUUGAAUCUCCUACUAGAUCUUUGGUGAUGGAAGCACCCAGGGGAGUGCAAGUCAAUGCAGCUGCAGGAGACUUAAAGGCUAUCUGUAGGAAAGAAUUGCAUUUACAGUCCACAGAAGGGGAGAUAUUUUUAAAUGCAGAUACAAUCCGCCUGGGAAAUCUACCGACGGGUUCCUUCUCGUCCUCUCCACCUAGCUCUUCAGCUCCUCGCCAGACUAUCUAUGAGCUCUGCGUCUGUCCUAAUGGUAAACUUUACCUGUCUCCAGCAGGAGCAGGCUCCACAUGUCAGUCCAGUAGCAACAUCUGCUUGUGGAGCUAAAAUGACUCCAGUUUAUCCUCACACCAGAAUAGCCUUUUGUUACUAUCCCUCUGCUUCACAGUUCUGCUCGGUUUCCCUUGUGACAAGUUCGACGCUUCAAAUGGCCUGCAGAGCAACUUUUUGCAGUGUAAGCAG